UGAGGUCACAGAAGGAGCCCUCCCCCAUUCCUCCUCUUGCUCUCCUGGCCCCCAGCCUGGGGGCAGGCAGCCCCCACCCAUGGUGCCCUGGGCCACCCUGGCCCUGGUGGGCAUGAACCUCGCCCUCUUCUGGCACCCUCUCCAUGCCCCCGGGGCUGCCUGCCUGAGCGUGAGGACGGUGUGGGACCGGGGCCAGUGGCAGAGACUCUUCCUGGCCCCCUUCCACCACCUGGGCCCUGCCCACCUCCUCAUGAACAUGGCCACGCUCCUGUGGCUGGGCCACGGGGUGGAGCAGGAGGUGGGCAGCCUGCGGACGGGGGUCCUGCUCCUGGCCUUGGCCCUCGUGGGGGGGCUCUUCCACCUGGCGCUCAACACCCUCCUGGCCGCACUGACGGGGAACCUGUGGUACAGGGAGCACUGCGCGGUCGGCUUCUCAGGUGAGCUGGCUCUCCCAUCCCCAACGCGCUGCCCCCGGGGCUCUCCAUCUCAUAGGGCUGCGAGAGUCGGAGGGGACCCCCAAAGCUCAUCUAGUCCAACCCCCCAUGAAAUUUUAGAGUUGGGAUUCCCAGGCGUUUUCUAGCCACCCCUCCGCAAUGCAGAGAUCACAGCUGAAAAACCUCUGGAGGGUUAUCACCAUAUCUCCUCUUGAAAAGCUCCUGCAGAUUUCAGACGUGGGGUUUUAAGAGAUGGAAGGGCCCUCCAAAGGACAUCUAGUCCAACCCCGCCCCGCGCCGCAAUGCUGAAUCGUCUCUGUGAAAGGGCCUGGGUCCAGAGGCAGAGGUCCGAUGCUCCUUUGACGUGGCUCCUCCAUCUUCUCCCUCCUUCCAAGCUGCAGGGGUCCUCUUCUCCCUGGAAGCCAUGGGCAGGCAAGUGGAAUCCGUCCCUGUGGCAACGAUGUCCAGCGGGUUCACGGUCACGACCAGGUGGCUCUGCGUCUUGGAAUGCCUCCUCCUCGCCAUCCUUUAUCCCAGGUAAGCCCCGGAUGCGAGUCAGGGAAGGGGAAAGAAACCCAAGCAGCAGGGAGCCAGCAUUCCUGCCCCAAGUGGGAGGUAGAAGAUUCCAGUCCCCUCUUCUGAGGUCAUUCCAACACUCUAGACACGCUCAGAGGCACUCUUGUCAUCGCCGCUUUCCAUUUCCUCUACUCGCUUAGGGCAGAAUCCCAGCACAGAGGUCGCAUAGUUAAACUGUGGAACUCUCCGCUGCAGGAAAAGCAGAGAAGCCACCUUUGGCCUUUACCCAUCUGCGGCUGCAGAAUUCUCCUUAAGAUUUUAAAAAACAGGCCAUCUGGCCACCUGCCAGGGGUUCUCGAGCUGUGGUCCCUGCAUUGCAAGCAGCGGGUUGGGCUAGGUGACCGCAAGGGGACCCCUUCCGACUCUACGGUUUUAUGAUUCUGUGAUGAGCUUGUGCUGUGAGCUCUUUCCCCUAGAAGCAGCUUGAGUCACAGGAAGGAGAGGCUGAGUCAUAGUGUGUGUGUGUCUUCUCCUGCAGGUGCAAGGCUGGCACAAUACUUUUUGCAGCCUGGGGCAAACAGCGAGGUGCAGAAUAACUGAGGGAACCACCAGCUGGCGACUGGACAGACCCCCAGGCCUUAGUGCAGGUGGGGCAGGGGCAUGGGGCAAAGCCUCGUCCUCAUAGAACAGUAGAGUCGGAAGGGAUCCCCUAGGGUCAUCUAGCCCAACCCGCUGCAAAGCAGGAAUCUCAGCUAGAUCACACACGGCAAGUGGACACCCAACCUUUUCCUUAUAAGCCUCCAAGGAAGCCACCCACCUCUUGUGGGUGCCUGUUCUGCUUUUGAACGGCUCUUGCUGCCAGGUGGCACUUCCUGGGGUUUAGUCAGAAUCUCGAUGCUGCGAGUUCGAGUCCUACUCUCCAGAGCAGCAGAAAACAAGCUUGCUCUGCCUUCUAUGUGAUGGCCAGGCCAGGGUCAGUACUAUAUGCUCAAGCUGCCUUGCCCCAGUGAGAAACCUGGCUUCCGAAUUCUGCCCCAGCUGGAUGUUUCUGAACAGCCUUUGGGGCAGCCCCACGUAUCCCGUGUUGCAGUAAUAAUAAUAAUUUAUUAUUUAUACCCCGCCCAUCUGGCUGGGUUUCCCCAGCCACUCUGGGCGGCUUCCAACAAAACAGUAAAAUACAAUAACCUAUUAAACAUUAAAAGCUCCCCUAAAGAGGGCUGCCUUUAGAUGUCUUCUAAAAGUUUGGUAGUUAUUUUUCUCUUUGACAUCUGAAGGGAGGGCGUUCCACAGGGUGGGUGCCACCACCGAGAAGGCCCUCUGCCUGGUUCCCUGUAACUUGGCUUCUCGCAGCGAGGGAACCGCCAGAAGGUCCUCGGCACUGGACCUCAAUGUCUGGGCUGAACGAUGGGGGUGGAGACGCUCCUUCAGGUAUACAGAACUGAGGCCGUUUAGGGCUUUCAAGGUCAGCACCAACACUUUGAAUUGUGCUCGGAAACGUCCUGGGAGCCAAUGCAGGUCUCUCAGGACCAGUGUUAUGUGGUCUCGGCGGCCGCUCCCAGUCACCAGUCUAGCCUAAUCUAACCUUGAGGUUAUAUGUCCACUUCUCCAUCCUCCAGGAGUUCUCUCACCGGCCACGUCUCUGGGAUACUGGCUGGGUUGGCCCUCUCCGCCGUCCCUCUGAACUAGGGCGACUGAAGAUGUGAGCCUCUGGAGGAAGACCACCACCCACCACCCGCAGGAGCCAUCAGCGCCGGCCCCCCACCCACCAACUCAAUAAACCUGCCCUCCCUCUCUCCCUUCUUCCUCAA